AUGUGGCACGGCGGUAAACCAGCUCCAAGUGCGGCGAGACCAGUUCCUGUGAAGAAGAUGUCGACUGCUUCCGCCUAUGAAGUCCCAACAGCGCCUCCAUCCGGUGGUUCAAAAACGAUGGUAGACGACCAUGCUCUUCGCCGUGCACGGUUUCGUUCCCAAGGCACCACCCCUUCAGUAAGCAGUUCCAGAGGUGACCGUCUCGAUGUUUCAAGCUGUGACUCACGUCGAUCAUCAGGGAUCUCAUUACCAUCCCGCUCAAUCAGUCAGGAUCAGCGUCUUUACAAGGGUAGCCUUGUCACUCCAGCCAGCAGUCGCGACUCGCUUUCUGUUGCUUCCAUGACUACCGAAGUCUCUACAGAUUGUUGUAUGAAGUCGAGUGUAGCG